GGUUCAAUAAUGCGAUUGCGGUCUUGCACUCUCGUUGGUCAUGUGGUGACGUACACGAGACAUUAAUUUCGUGAUGAAGGCAGGAUAGUGUAUAGGUUCCCGGUUGGUGCCGGUUAGUCUGGUCAACCAGCAAGCACUACAAACCGCCUUUACAUUUUGGCCUUCGUUCCAACAGCAGCUAAUCCGCGCCUAGUUUCAACGAUCGGCUUGUCCUCUCAAGGUCUUGGAGCGAAUCAUGUCUGAAUGCACCUCCAAGCAGAAGAUUAAUACAGACUUACAUGGCUUUCUUUUCUGUGUCAAAGGCUUGAUUGAUGCUCUAUAUCAUUUAAUUCUCAAUGCAUCUCAGGAGGAGCCCCAAGUUGUUAAUUAUAAGAAGCGCGUAUCUGGAGCAGAGACAUUCAUACCGCUCGUCCAAUACGUCAGUAGACUGAAACCAGUUAUGCACAUCGUAAAUCCUGUUGGCGAGAUGAGGGGAAGGACAUACCAGGUGGUGACAGAAGAAGGCAAGCGCCUCAUGGCUUCACUCAUCAGAACUCUGCAUGAUUUCCACAGAGCUGGGAAGUGCCCCGAGCAAUUUUGCGCAUCAGACAUUGCCGUGACAUCUACUGGCAGAGUGAAACACACAAAUACAAGCUUGCUACGAGGGAAGACCGAUGAACUGGUACUGAGAAACUACGAGGAUGCCCGCGACAUUUUUGAGAAGACGGUAUUCGAUGGGUACGAUCCAACUCUUAUCCCUGAAGACAUUAAGCAUCUGUUGCAGCUGAUGACAUCUCCCGGGGCAAUUUCUGCGGAGUAUGUCAUAAGCACGCAUGCUUCUCUUGUCCCUCUUAGUAACAGGUACCAGUUCUAUCUUGAUAUGUGCGACCAUAUCACAUCUGUGCUGGACGGCAAUCCUGAACAAAAUGACAUCCUUAGUUCUCUGCCCUAUGGUGACAAGUGGGUAGAAAAAUUGGAAGGCAAUCUUCUGCUGGAGGAGUCGUUCCACCGCAGCGGACCAUACGACACCGAAGGAUCAGCCAUGGCCUUUCUGAAGUUCUAUAGGGACACACUCAUGUGUCGAAUGGAAAAUUUUAUGAAGCCUUUCAAGAGCUUUCCAGGGAUGAAACCGUUGGAGUACACAAAAGGCGAUUUUGAAAGUGUCUUGUUGGUCACCUAUCCCAUGUGCCUGCCAAGAAUGCAAGAAGAGCUUGAAAAGCAUAAGCAGCUGAGGGAUUUGAAUCUUCAGAACCUGACCUUCAUUUGAUGCCUCUUCACUACAGGAGACUCAGUUUGUUACUACUAUUGUACUGUGGCUUGUGAUGUUGUACUGUGGUCAUCCUUGAAGGAACUUGGAUAGUUCUUAUUUCCCCCCCCUUCUUUUUUGACCUAGCUAACACAAGGAGCCAUGUGGUUCUGUUUAAGAAUCGGUAAUCUAGGUUUUCGAUCCGGUUUCCCUUAUAAACUGGAUCAACCAAAGUUAAGGGGUGACUCUUGGCUUUGGCAGCUUUUUCAGCAAUA